AUGACGUACAGUGUUAGAAAACUGAGACUCCUGGUGGAUGAUCCGGGCGGCACAUUGCGGGAUAACUUGGCCAUUGCACAGUCUUUUUUUGCCGCCGAGGAUGACAGAGAGUUGGAGGAGUUCCGCAGUUUGAUGGAUCUUGAGGUGCACUACGCCAACUUUUGGGGUGUAGCGCGUGGUCCCCAUGCCGCGCUCGCUGUAUUUGACAAUGAGCGUUCUGCCUUGCGUCUUACAUGGCCAUCACGGGUGAUGGCACUCACAGCCAAUACCUUUGAGCGGCGUGGCUAUGUGCAUUUUCUGUCGGGUGGAGUGGCGUCGAUCCCGGGCAUUGGAAACUGGUUGACACGGUUCACGCAAAGUCGCGUGCGUGAGUCAUUGGUGGUGAAGGACGGGAAGGUUAAAUUUCGUGACCUGAGCUUUGAGUGGGGGCUUGCUGUUCAUUGA